UUGCGUUUCCGUCCCCAGCGGUUCAAGUAUUUUAUUCCUUCCUUCCUUCGCCCUUCGGCGAUCUCAAGAGCCCCUCCACCCCAAGUCCCCAGCUUUGCCUUUGUCUCUUCUCCUCUUCCGCCUUCGAUAUCCCCGAUAAAACCUCCGUCUCCACCCUGCUCGCCUCACUCCCUCCCUCGACCAUUCCCCCCAUCUGCGUCCAGCCCAGCCCCGCCUCGUCUUCUCCGAAGGAAGCAGCCACAGCCAGCCAGCCAGCGAGGAGGGCCGAUGGCGCUCUCCUGCAUGAGAUGCCCAGCGGCAGGCCCCGCCGCCGCCGCCGUCGCCCGCCGCGGGGCGGGCUUGCCUCCGCCGCCGUCUUCCCUCGCGCUCUCCUUCGCCAGGUACAGCGGCCGGAGAUCGACCGCCGCCGCUGGGUGGCGCAUCGAAGCCGUCGCCGGGAAGGGAGUGAAAGAUCCCAUGGAUACUAGUGUGGAGAACGCUGUCACACCUGCUGCCCCGUCAAAGGUGGAAAAUGGCACUCCUUCAGCAAUCACUCUGGAGGAAUUUGAAGACUUGAGCGCUCUAUCCAAAAGUGAUGAAUCUUCUGUUAGCAUCACUGUAGUUGGAGCAUCUGGUGACCUUGCGAAGAAAAAGAUUUUUCCUGCCCUAUUUGCUCUUUAUUAUGAAGAUUGUCUUCCAAAGCAUUUCUCCAUCUUUGGCUAUGCACGGAGCAAAAUGACAGAUGCUGAACUGAGAGACAUGGUCAGCAAAACAUUAACGUGCAGAAUAGAUAAAAGGGAAAACUGUAGUGAGAAAAUGGAAGAGUUCCUGAAACGAUGCUUCUACCAUUCCGGCCAAUAUGAUUCAGAAGAAGAUUUCGCAGAGCUAGGCAAGAAGCUUAAACAACAUGAGGGUUCCAAAGUUUCUAACCGUCUUUUCUACUUGUCAAUACCUCCAAAUAUAUUCCUGGAUGUCGUAAAAUGUGCAAGCAAAUCAGCAUCAUCUGUGAAUGGCUGGACAAGGGUAAUUGUUGAAAAACCCUUUGGCCGGGAUUCUGAAUCUUCUGCUGCACUAACGAGAGGUCUGAAGCAGUACCUGGUAGAGGACCAAAUAUUCAGGAUUGACCAUUACUUGGGAAAGGAGCUAGUGGAGAACUUAUCUGUUCUUCGGUUCUCAAAUCUUGUUUUUGAGCCUUUGUGGUCAAGACAGUAUAUAAGGAAUGUGCAACUUAUAUUCUCAGAAGACUUUGGCACUGAAGGGCGAGGAGGGUACUUUGAUAGCUAUGGUAUUAUCCGAGAUAUUAUGCAGAAUCAUCUUCUUCAGAUACUAGCCCUAUUUGCAAUGGAAACUCCUAUUAGCUUGGAAGCAGAGGACAUACGAAAUGAAAAGGUUAAAGUCUUGCGCUCCAUGAAGCCCUUGCAACUGGAAGAUGUGGUAAUAGGACAGUAUAAAGGUCAUACAAAGGGUGGUACCACAUACCCUGGGUACACUGAUGAUAAGACGGUUCCCAAGGAUAGUCUGGCUCCAACAUUUGCUGCGGCUGCACUCUUUAUAAAUAAUGCGAGAUGGGAUGGAGUUCCCUUUCUCAUGAAGGCUGGGAAAGCUUUGCAUACUAAACGGGCUGAGAUUAGAGUACAGUUCCGACAUGUUCCUGGAAAUCUCUACAAGGGGUGUUUUGGAACCGAUCUUGACAGGGCAACAAAUGAGCUUGUGAUACGUGUGCAACCUGAUGAAGCUAUUUAUCUAAAGAUUAACAACAAGAUUCCUGGUCUCGGUAUGAGACUAGAUAGAAGUAACUUGAAUCUUCACUAUGCAGCAAGGUACUCGAAGGAGAUACCAGAUGCUUAUGAGAGGCUCUUGCUUGAUGCCAUAGAAGGAGAGCGAAGACUUUUCAUCCGCUCUGAUGAGUUGGAUGCCGCAUGGGAGCUCUUCACACCCCUUCUAAAAGAAUUGGAACAAAAGCGAACUGCCCCUGAGUUAUACCCUUACGGAAGCAGAGGACCUGUAGGCGCACACUACCUUGCAGCAAAGUAUAACGUCAGAUGGGGUGACUUGAGCUCAGAGCACUACAAGGCAUGAUACACAGGAUGGUUUUAUUUUUGUGAGGAUUUUGCUAUUAACAUUUCAGUAAGGCCUGCAGCGGCAUACCCGGUUAGUGGAGCUGAUGCAAGAAACAUGUCAGAGAAUAAGGUGAUCCCAGUUUGCUAGGUUGCAUGCUUGUUGUCCAUUGAUCAUUAAUAUAUUUGUUAGCACGAUUAGUACGGGUUUCGGCAGAGCUCAUCUUCUCGGUUCAUUCAGUGAUCCGGUUGCCAGGUUGAUCUUCAAUGUACCAUUUGGUGAUCCAGCUGGGCUGUUAUCACAUUUGCACAAAUUUUCUGUAAAUGCAAAAGCUACUGCUUCAUGUUGCCUUUUGUUCUUUGGCUUAGUUGUAUACAGUUAUUCAAAAGCUGGCUGCCGAAGAAAAAUGGACCCUAGCUGCUGGUGCAGGUUAUGGGUGGUAACCUGUCUUAUUUUGGACAAUUUCAGUGACAAAUUGAGGCUCAGUUAGCGAA